CACAAACGUGUUGGACGAUACAACAUGACACGACACGACACGUAGCUUCUAGGUAGUGUGGGACCCCUCGAAGCUCUCACCUACCCCAGAAAGUGGUGGUGCAUAGAAUAAUACCGAAUAGCAUAAAUCCUUUCAGAAGAAGAGGAAGAACAAAAAGCAGCCACAAUGGCUAAACAGCGCCCCUGGAUAGCAGCAGCAGCUCUGGUCAGCCUGCUCGCCCCCACCAAUGCCGUCCCCUCGGUCAAUGUCGCUGUGCGUUCAGCCUUUGGAGCACCGCCAUUUCUCCUUGAACUCCUAGAAACGGCAGCGGAAGAGAACAGCACAUCUUACUUCCCCCUCCUCGACCGCAUCGCAGACGGCUACUUUGACGCUUCCACUACCGAUCAACAGCUCUACACGACCUUCCGCGCUCUUCUUGCCUCUGAAGGCCAUUUGGGUCCAGAGGAUCUCUCUUCGUUUGAUUAUGCUCUUGCAAUCCACUCGGCGGCUCCACGCAUCGAAGCGCAUUAUCAAUAUUACAAUACUUCGGUCGUGCCUACUUUAUCGAAAGAGCGAGAUGGCUACGCAGGCUGUGAGACAUGGGUCUACGUCCCGUUUAGCGGGCAAAAGUACUGUUCGCCGGACUUGGACGAGAAGAGUGCGGAGCGUUUGGGUCAGCCGGGGAGUGCGAGCGUGAAGCAUUUACCUUUUGACCGGGUGCUGGGGGAUGUGACGAGUGAUAAGGCCAGUGUGUUGUAUGCGGACGUGGGAAGUGAGAGUUUUCGAAAGUUUCACGGGACGUUGAGUAAGACUGCGAGGGAGGGCAAGACGAGCUAUCGAGUGCGAUAUCGAGCUUUUGAAGGCGUCGAGAGUCGGCCGUUGACUGUGAGUGGCUAUGGAGUGGAAUUGGCGUUGAAGAGGACGGAUUAUAUCGUUAUCGAUGAUCGGCAGGGUGAUGGCGAGGAGGGCAAGGAGAAAGAUGAUGGGAAGAAUGCUGUGGAAACUACAUUGAGUGAAGAGGAAGUCUCGGACUUGAGGCCUUUGUCGCAGUCUGAGUUGAGGAGAUUGGGAGUGCGAGCGGCGAGUUUCGUCAUGGCAAGUGAAGACCCCUUCAAGACGCUGUUGAAGCUCAGCCAGGACUUUCCCAAGCAUUCGACGAGCAUUGCCGCCACGGACGUCUCCAAGGACUUUGUGGAUGAGCACACGGCGAAUCGGAAUAUCUUACUGCCAUCGGGGUAUAAUGUCAUGUGGAUCAAUGGAGUGCAGAUCAUGUCGCGGGAUGUGGAAGCAUAUGCACUUUUGGAGCAUUUGAGGAGGGAACGCAGGAUGAUCAGGAGCGUGCAGGAGAUUGGACUCAGUGCAGUCGAGGCUGUCGAAUUGCUCUCACACGAAGCCAUCACCGAAGCACAAGUGCAUCAGGAAUCACCGCGGUAUGACUGGCGCGAUGAUGCAGAGGGAGGAAAUGUGAUCAUCUGGAUGAAUGACAUCGAAAAGGACAAGCGAUAUAUGGACUGGCCGGAAAGUGUAACUUCGCUUCUACAACGCGCUUUUCCGGGGCAGCUGCCUUCUGUCAAGAAGGAUAUCCACAAUCUGGUUGUGCCUGUCGACUUUGCAGAAUACAAUGAUGUCUACCUUGUGGUCGAGCAGCUGCGAAGCUUUGUCCAGCGCAAGGUGCCAAUUCGCUUUGGUCUGGCACCAUGGGUGCGGAGCGAGGCCAGUGGAGAGCAGGCGGCGAUAGUAAUCUAUCUCACUGAGAAUUAUGGCCUGGGCGCUGCUCUGAGCUACCUGGAAGAGUCCAUUGCCGCUGCUGGUCGCAAGUUUGGCAAGCCUAGCGAGAAGAUCUUCGAAUCUGUCAAGGCUGCAGGCAAGUUGCGACCGAACAAGAAGGAUCUUGGGUUUAGUGAAAUUCCAAACGAAUCGACUCUCGUCGCAAGACUAUCCAGAGCCAAGGACUAUAUCAGCAGACUCGCAAGCACAGAUCCCGUACCUCCAGUGCUGAUAAAUGGCGUGCCAAUUGCAAGAACCGAAGAUUGGAUGCAGACUAUGAGCCAGCAGAUCACCAUAGAUUUGCGAUCAUUGCAACAGGCCGUCUAUGAAGGUACGCUCGGCGACGAGGACUAUCUACCGACCAUGUUCCUCGACAAGGCCAGCCUCAGACGCAAUCCACUUGUCGUUCCCGAAGACGAGAAGAGCUUACGGUACAUUAAUCUUGGCGAGCAUCCUGAGCUCGCAGCCUUACCUGGCAUACCAGCGGAUGCUCAAACUAUCGAGCGUGAGCUGGUGCAUCUGACUGUUGUUGCCGACUUGGACAGCAAACGGGGCCUGGAGCAACUCAUGGAAGUUCUCCUGUAUCAACGAGACCACGACAAUGUAGAGGUGGCUAUCCUGCAUAUCCCUCACGAAGGCGAAACGCACAAGAUCGUGGCCUCGGACUUGACAAAAGCCGGCGGCGAUGCAUCCCUGAAAGCGUUGCUGCAGCAGUACGAUGACAUUCGUGGCGAGACAUCAAUCCCCGAAGGUUCAUCAGAUCUGGAGACCAGACGCAAUGUAUUGUACGAUAUUUUGUACCAGAAAGUCUCGCGAGAAACAUCACCCGAGAUUGAUGAACAAGUGCGGAGCGCCUGGGCACCUUUUAGGGAUCUCACCACUGCCGUCGGCGUCACUUCUGGCAAGAAGGCGCUCAUAGUGAAUGGCAGAAUUGUCGGCCCAGUCGAGGAUGAUGUAAGUCUCGGAAUCUCCGACAUUGAGACGCUGCUUGCGUUUGAGCGAAAGAGACGCUUCUUGCCCGCUGCACUCGCGAUUGAAGCUCUUGGUAUCCAAGAAAAGGCAUCGACUCCACUCGCAUUUGCACGCAUCACGAACCUGAUCGCUCUAUCUCUCGUGUCAGAUGUGCCUGAAGGUAUCUUUGAGGCUGCGCCAACGGUUCGUUCCGACGUGUUCAAAAACUUCAAUGCUAGCCAUACUGCGAUUCACAUCGGGGAUCCGAAAACUGCGACGAUACAGAUCAAUGCGGCUGUUGACCCUGCCUCCGAAGCUGCGCAGAAGUGGAUUCCAAUCAUCAAAGUCUUGUCCGAGUUUGACGGCGUGUAUGUCAGACUCUUCCUGAACCCGCGGGAUCGUCUGGAGGAGAUCCCUAUCAAGCGGUUUUACCGACAUGUGCUGAGCUCAAAGCCCGCCUUCGAGACUGAUGGCUCUCUGGCACCCACUGGUGCACAAUUUCGUGGGCUACCUGCGGAUGCGCUGCUGAAUAUGGGUAUGGAUUUGCCUCCUGCCUGGCUUGUGGCGCCCGAGGUCACGGUACACGAUCUGGACAAUAUCAAGCUGAGUGCUGUCAAGAGUGAUGUCAGUGCCGUCUAUGAACUGGAACAUAUCCUCAUCGAGGGCCAUACCACGGAUGUCACUGUGGGACCGCCUCCGAGGGGUGCUCAGUUGGUCUUGAGCACAGAUGCGGAUCCUCACUUUGCAGACACUAUCAUUAUGGCUAACCUGGGAUACUUUCAGUUCAAGGCAAACCCGGGUAUCUACAAUCUGGGUAUGCAGAAGGGUCGGAGUGAAGACAUCUUUCACAUCGAUAGUACGGGAGCCACUGGACUCAAUGAGCAAGCCACUGACAAUACCACUGAGAUCGCGCUGAUGAGCUUCAAGGGUGUCACGCUCUUCCCGCGGAUAUCUCGCAACAAAGGCAUGGAAGAGGAAGAUGUCCUCGAGCCGUCCAAGUCUGCAUUGGAGUCCCUCGCAGAUGGCGCUGGUGACCUACUGGCACAAGUCGGUCUGGGAAAUGGCGCGCAAAAGUUUCUUGGUAAAGCGGCCAGUCUCCUCUCCAAAUCCAACUCGGUGAACGCCGCCGCUGAGUCCAAGAAGCAACAUGCAGAAAUCAACAUCUUCUCCGUCGCUUCCGGUCAUUUGUAUGAACGCAUGCUCAAUAUCAUGAUGGUAUCUGUCAUGAAACACACCACGCACACCGUCAAAUUCUGGUUCAUCGAGCAAUUCCUCUCACCUUCUUUCAAAGACUUCCUCCCAGUCAUGGCAGAGACAUAUGGCUUCGAGUACGAGAUGGUCACCUACAAAUGGCCACACUGGCUUCGCGGCCAAAAGGAGAAGCAACGGGAGAUCUGGGGCUACAAGAUUCUUUUCCUCGAUGUGCUUUUCCCUCUGGAUCUGGAUAAAGUCAUCUUCGUCGACGCCGACCAGAUUGUCAGAACAGACAUGUACGAGCUUGUCACACUUGACCUCCAAGGUGCUCCUUAUGGAUUCACGCCCAUGUGCGACAGCCGCACGGAAAUGGAAGGUUUCCGGUUCUGGAAACAAGGGUAUUGGAAGAAAUUCCUCAAUGGCCUACCAUAUCACAUUUCGGCAUUAUACGUCGUUGAUCUGAAACGUUUCCGACAGAUGGCUGCUGGCGAUCGACUCCGACAAAACUAUCAUCAACUGAGCGCGGAUCCCAAUUCCUUGUCGAAUCUGGAUCAGGAUCUCCCCAAUCAUAUGCAGAGUCUGUUGCCUAUACAUAGCUUGCCACAAGAAUGGUUGUGGUGUGAGACGUGGUGUUCGGAUGCGAGUCUGAAGGACGCCAAGACGAUUGACUUGUGCAAUAAUCCGCAGACCAAGGAGCCCAAGCUAGAGCGAGCGAGACGACAGGUGCCCGAGUGGGUGGAAUACGACGAGGAGAUUGCACAGGUGGCGAGCAAGUAUCGUGCUGCGAAGAAGGUGGGUGAAUCGCUGCAGCAUGAUGGCGUCUUGGGCGAGGAGAGUAUGCAGGAGAGAUUGCAGAGGGAAGAUGCGGAACGGGAGGAGGCGAAGAGGAAGAAGGAGGAGGAGGAAAAGCGUGGAAGAGAUGAGUUGUAGUAAGUCGGGAGGUAGGGAGGUAGGUAGGUGAGGUAAGUAAUACAUACAGCUAGAUAUUUGAACGUAAAUGGG